AUGCGUUGUCCGGCUUUGCGCUUUGGCCUGGCCGGCCUUUACCGCUUGUGUAUAUAUGUCCAUGUCGAUGCUCUCUCUAAAUAUACCGGGACGCACGUCAUCACUGUUUCCUUCCAUGCCCUCUCUGCAAAACACGCAAAUUUCGCUAUUCGCCAAUAUAAAUCCUCUCAUUCGCUUGUUUCCUCCCAAUCCAUAGGGUUUCGCCACCGAAGAAAUCCAUCCUGCAAACUCACAGAAGGAGAAAGCCAGGAGGACGUCAAUGGAGUCCUCUGGUUUCUUCGUCUGAAAUUUCGCUUUUCGGACAAUCUCGCAUUGCACGGAGAUAUGGACGAGCAAUUGGAGGACUUCGUGGCGGAUUGUUCCGACGACGCCUCGGAAGUUGAUUCCUGCUACGAGUUCGAUGCCGCUCGCUUCUUCGAUUUCACUCGGCCGGAAUCGCCUUCCGAGGCUCAUGAGGCUGAUCGCUGGUUUGACUAUUCUGGAAAUUAUUCGCCUUCUCCAUUUAUAUUAAAGUUGAAAUGGAGAGAAGACAUCAGAGUAGAAACUACAAAUUCCUCUCUGUGUUCAAAUGAUGGGGAAAGCAUGAUUUCUAGUGGCGGGAACCUGGACUCUGACAUGGAUUCUGAAGGUGGUGUAUCAUAUGACAACAAAAAUGGACCAAAAUCUUGUAAUGAUAUGGCUUAUGGUAUUCCAAAAAUGAAAAGAAACUCUAUGGCCAUGUCAUCCAAAAUAAGGAGCUCAACUUUUAUGAAACCUACAGCAAGUCAUUUGGCCAAGUUAAAUGGAGCCAGUGAGGUCUAUUCCUGCCAAUUCUCAGGAAGGUGUCAGAGGCCAUUGACUAAAAUGGAUGGGAGAAGUUCAAGGAGCCCUCAUGAGGUUGGCAGUUGUGCUACUAAAAGGCAAAAACUAGAGAAUGGCUAUCUGAGUAAGGUUGCUCGUUUAAAGCACCAAAGCUUGUUGUUACACAAGUUAUCCAAGCAAGUUCGACAAUUUGAUGCUAGUACAUUUAGUUCCAAGUCCAAAGUUACUAUUCCCAGAGGGCCUCAUCUGGAAACUGCACAAAGAGCUCAAAAACAUAGGUCCAGGAGUAGUUCAGACUCAGGGGAACAUGCAAAAUCAGUGGCUCCUACAUUAAAAUCAAGGCCUUUGAACAGAAAAAUUCUCAAGGUUCCUCCGCCACUUCAAAAGAAGAACAGGGCACGGUCUCCAUUGUCUCAAGUAAAUUGUCAGGUGUUCCACUCGAAGACAUCAGAGAGGGCCAAGCAACACUCAUCUACUAAUGCAGUCAACAUACAGAAUCCUGAGUCCAUUUCAGAAAAUGGGACCAAAGACGUUGGAAGGCAAGAGAAGUAUGAAAUGCGAAAAAGAGUCCAAGCUUGCCGCCCUCUUGUCAAAAGGGAUCUCAAGCUUCCAAAUGAUAACAGAGCAUCCUACAGUCCACCAAUUGAAUUAUUCAACAAGCUGUCCCUGAAAUCUGAAUUCGAGGGGGAUGUAAUUUCUCACCCCAGACCACCUCAGAGGAGUAAGGGCUCCAAGGAGAACCUCCCCGCUUCCUUCAAUCCAGGACUCAAGAAGUCUGGAAGGACGUAGGAUCGUUGUUGACGCCAUUAAAGCACCGGGGAAGAAGCCAUUGUAGGGGUCCCGGCUCCCAA